AUGUCCGCCUCCCUGCCUAAAUUUACCCAACCCACAGACGAACCGUACGAUAUCAACUUUGCAUACCCCCUCAACCUCGACAUUCUGCAAACCCCCAAAAUCAAGCUCGUCCCUUUCAUCCCCUCCGUCCAUGCCGUCCCCUUCUACGCCGCCGCGACCAAAACCCCCGAGACGAUGCACUUCAUCCCCUUCCAUUUCACCAAGCUCGAUGAUUUCCUGGUGAAUGUCGUGGGGCCCUUCCAAGCGAGCCCGGACUACCCUCUUCUCACCAUCAUCGACAAGCUCAAGCUCGAGCAGGGGGCGGAGGAAAAGGAUUGCAUCGCCGGCGUGAUUGGGUACCUUGGGUUGUCGACUAUGAGGAGAUCUUUGGAGCUGGGGCCGGUAAUCGUAUUGCCUGAGUACCAGCGCACGCAUGUGUCGACGCACGCUAUCGAGGCGGCGAUGCGGUAUAUCCUGGAGGUGCCUGCGCAAGGCGGGCUGGGCUGGAGGCGCAUGCAAACGGAGAGAAUGGGGAUGAAGGUCGAGGCGGCGGCGAUGCAAUGGAGUUUUUGUCUGCAGGAGGAGAAGCAGGGGAUCGUCGUCCCGGCUGAGAGGGGCGGCGGGAAGGGGCGGCAUAGCACGCUGCUCGCCGUCUGCUGGGAUGACUGGGAGCACGGAGUUCGAGAUCAUGUAGCGAAACUCAUCGCGCGAUGA